AGACAGACGGAUCAACUCAAUGAUUGAUGAUGAUGUUGGGGUUGAGGACGGUUUGAACGAUGCAAACCACGAAAAGUAUUUUACAAGCCAAUGAAAAGGAACUAGACUUGGGUCAUAUAGGUGGUUAUGGGUCUUCUUGGCACGAUAAGUAUUCUCACUCAUCCUAUAUAUUUGUUGGCAAUUUGCCAUUUGAACUGACAGAAGGUGAUUUGCUCGUCGUGUUUGAACAAUAUGGUCACAUAGCUGAUGUUCAUUUGGUGAGAGACCAAGAUACAGGAAAGUCAAAAGGGUUUGCGUUUAUAGGAUAUGAAGACCAACGGAGUACUAUUUUAGCCGUUGAUAACUUCAAUGGAACGGUUCUUUUAGGACGCACUUUGAGAGUUGACCAUGUGGCACACUACAAAAAGAAAGUGGAUGAUUCAGUCGUCCAAGAAGAGGAGGAGCUGUUUGACCAGAAUAGAGAAAACACGGUGGAUAGAGAGCGAGUGGAAAGAGAACUACGCCGUUAUAUAAGACCUGUUUCUGAAGAAAGCGAUUCAGGAAAAGUGAAAAGUGCAGAUGAGUUGAGACAAGAGAGAGUAUUGGCCCAAAUAAGAGCAAAGAAAAGAGUUGAAGAAAAAUGAAUGUACAGAUUCCUCAAUCAAA